AUCCACCUUUACCUCGGAUUGGUAUCAAUCUACCUUGAUCCACCUCUACCUCGGAUCAGCAAUCUCUCGAUCCUCGCGUGCUAGCGGAAGUCUCUUGCUAAGGUGAGUACCUAUAGCAGUGAUUAUUCGUCGUACCUGCAUCUUACUAACGUAUGCUGCUAGCCGUGACAAAUUCAUAUCUCACAAAAAAAUAUAAAAAAAAGAAAUGUCACCUCAAUGUGGUGUUCUUCUGUUCUGUGAUCUGUUUAUAUUCUGUCAGCAACAUACAACAAGGCGACCAGCUCAGCUUACUGGGGAAGGAGAGAAUAACAACGGUCAGCAAUCCGCUCGAUUUCGGCAUGGCGACCAGCUCAGCUUGCUGGGGAAGGAAGGUGACAGUACCCGACACGGCGACCCGCUCAGCUUGCUGGGGAAGGAUGAUACGGGGGAUCAAUGGCGGAGGGAAGGGGAUGAGACGGAGAGAAGGGGAUGGGACGGAGAGAAGGGGAUGGAUUGUUAUGAGUUGUAUACUGACGAUGUCUAUUAUCCCGUCAGGAGGAGGGAAGGGGGUGGGAUUGUUUAUGAGCUGACCACUGACGAUGUCUACUAUUCCGUCUGGUGGUUUUGCGGUGAUAUAUAGCGAUGAAGAUUAUUCUGUUGUAUAUGGUGAUGGU